UAGUCAUUGUUAGCGAUUUUAUUUAGCGUGGGUUGAGUGGUUGGUGGGUGCGAUUUGAAUAAUCAAGUAAUUGGUGAGUUUAAUAAUAGUAUCAGCGCAUUUCAGUGUGGAUGCCACACAGGUUACAAUGUCACAACAAUAUAGUUUGCGGUGGAAUAACCACCAACCCAAUUUUAUUUCUAUGUUUGGUACACUACUUGCUACAAAAAAUUUGGUGGAUGUUACUCUUGCUGCUGAGGGACAACACUUAGUUGCCCACAAGGUUGUACUAUCCGCAUGUAGCACCUAUUUCCACUCUUUAUUUGUGGACAACCCAUCACACCACCCUAUAGUUAUAUUGAAGGAUGUUACAUUCAACAACUUAUGCACAAUGGUGGAUUUCAUGUAUUAUGGUGAAGUAAAUGUUACUGAGGAACAGUUACCACAGGUUUUAGAAACAGCAAAAAUAUUAAAAAUUAAGGGACUGACAGAAAUGCCAGACUCAACAUCACUAACCAGAUCUCAGGGAGCAUCAGCAGACUUUCCAAAUCUAGAAAAUUCUAAUGAGGCUAACAGACCAUCUGUUUCGCCAUCAUCACCCAACAUUAAACGAAAGCGGCGUCGUGGAAGUUCAACUGGAUCAGGUGUGAAUUUGGUGACGGAUGACAACAGAAGUAACGAUUGUGGACAAAACUUGGAGUUGAUGCGAGAUGCAGUUACACUUAGCAGUGUACCACAGCAGAAACGACGGGAAUUAGAUGAACGAAUGGACAACCAGGUGAGCUUCUUGACUGGAGAAACGUCAAAUAUCAAUAUAGAUCAGCUUGCUCUUGACUCCAAUGCAGUUGGAAUGUCACAAGGACAAUGGAGUAUGUUGGAGCAUACAUACCCUCGGUAUCCGAACGCUUGUCUUGGCGGCGGCGGGUUUCAACCUGACCAGGGGAUGUAUCUUAAUAACGUAAUAAAUCAACAUGGAGAUCCAGAUAUGAAUCAUUACGGUCAAGCGCUAGGAGUGCCGGGUCCAGCACCCGGCCCCAGUUGUGUUGCCGAAACUCAACCCAACCAGAUGCAACAGCUAAAUGCAACGCCGCAAAGACGACGUCGUCAGACAAACCCUCAAGAUGCAGAAAAUUUUCAAAAAGCAUUAGAAGCCGUACGCGUCGGUGGUAUAGGAUUUUGCAAAGCGGCGCGAUUGUUUGGAGUGAACAACCGAACAUUAUGGCUCGAAUAUAAAAAGAAGGGCUAUCCAAAUAACCGGCCCAGCAUAAAGAGCAGAAUCAAACGCGAGCACGUCACUCCGCCUCCGGAACACAAAGAGGAACCGCAGCAGCAAGACCAACAAAUGGCUUUGAUUUGUCCCCCGCACUCAGUGCCCGUCGGCUUCAUAGACCCUCGGCCCGUAGACUUCCCCCUCCAAGUCAACAAUGCUCCCCUGAACAUUAUCAAUGGUGUAAAUUUUCCGAUGCAAUAGAACGCGGCGUGCGGGGUGCAAGGUAACGAGUCGUACUCCUUGUGACCCGAGUGGCAAGGCGGCGAGUGCGGGCCGCCCCACCUCGCGUCCCUCGCGCCUUUUGCGCCCUCGCCGCCCUUGCGCCCGCAGACACGCUAUGAUAUCUAUAUGCAAAUGCCCUUGUAAAUAUUGUUAUUCGUUCAUGUUCAUUAUCGUCCAGUAUUACUCGGUACCCAGUCGGAUACAGAAUAUAAAUAAAUAAUUAAAUAUUAAACGUAUUAAUGUGAGCGGACGGUGCAGGCCACACACGUCCUUUAGCCAUAAACAGUAAGGUAUGCUAAGAUCUCAGUAGAAAGGUAAGUAAAUACAGGUAUUUGAUAUCAGCUUUUUAUAAAUAAACUCCUUUUAUCAUUAAAAGUUAUUCGUGAAUCGCAUCGCAUGUGAUAGUGAAUUUAUUUAGAACUGUGGGAAGUUUGGGCAGUUUUGUUCAGAAAACUGAUUCUCACUUAAUAAUAUAUUCUGCUCGGGUGUUUCACUGCCGGUUUUUGUAAUGUUACCACAUAACGCGGUGCAUCUCUUAAACUUAAUAAUUUACAGAAGCGUUACUUAAAUACCACUGACAAUUUCAACCGAUGAAUGAAACCAUUGUUCAUUGUUCUCAUUUAUCUAUUUAACUGUGCGUUGACCCUUUC